AUGAGGAGAGACCGACAGGUUCUGGGCGAGCUUCCAGUUCGCGGCCUGAGUAAUCAAGCCAAACCGUGUGCUGCCAGUUCUCCCCAUACCCUCAAGCCCGAGGAUGAAAACACAUCGCUCAAAGGCCGAUCAACAACGAUGGUAGCUGCGGGUCACUUCAAGAAGAUACGAGAAGCCGCAGACAAGGAGAAGCAGACGGGGCAAGAUAUGGGCCAGCACAUAACGACAGUGCUAGAUGGCGCCAAGGAGGAAGAAGUUUCGGAGCCUCUCACCGUCUCGUCGGAAGAAGGGAAGCGCUUCGCAACAGAACACGCUGCGCUGGUCUGCAGACUGGGUGGAAACGACUACAUGGUUCAGCAGAACCUUGUGCGGCAUCUGUUGGGCGGCCAUCCACUGUCGGAUCAGCCCGACUCGGCUGACAACAAGUGGCGCAUCUCAUGCCGCCCACCACCUCCUACCUCCUUAUGGCGCACCCUGCCUUCUUUCUCUGGCGGAGCAGUCCCGUUAGGAGUCGAGCGGAAGGCUGCCCCCGCGCACAACAACAUGGUCUCAUGCACCUUCUGGCUGCUCGCCACCGGCUUCGAUCUUGGCCAUCGCAACGUCUUCUGCACCCUCGUCCGGUCACCCGACGAGCUGUCCAUGUGUCCUUACCUCAUCAUUCAAUACUGUGAGAAGGACAGCGAACUGGAUCAGGCGCUCGAACAUCUCGUCAUGACGGGAAGCCACGCUCUCUACGACCGCCUCCUGCUCCGCAAAGCGGCGGCCGAAGCAAAGCACCGCUCCCAAGGCUGUGGACCCACGGCCGUCGGUGCUGAGGGCGUUAUCUCUGCUAGCCAACACAACAUCAGCAACAACGACUCCUGGACGGGCUGCGAGGUGGCGGAGGUCAGGCGCGGCGGAUGCCGAGAUAUAGCGUCGCUUCUCCAGCUGGUCGACUGGGUCAAUGAGAUCCACAAGUGGGGCCAGAGCGCGCAUGCGGCGGCUGUGAAAACGGAUCUGGAUGCUUGGCCUGAGAAAAAGCGGGGCGUGGUCACGUGGACCGAAUGGGGAAGGGUGACCAUAUUGGGGCCAUAUUACACAGAACUCGAGGUUGUGAAACCGGUGCCUACCUAG